UGAUAGAAAUCCUGAUUCAUCCUCCCACAAGUUUCACGUGGCUUUUGUCUUUUAUCUUAUUCAUUUUCAAGCAUUUUACUGCCCAGAGGGACGAGCCGCCAUACGCGAGCUUACGCUGCAUUGCCAUUCCUUCGUGCGCUGGAUCCGGCUUAGCGAGUCAAAAGUACCCCCGAAAGCGAGCGGUGCAACGAACCGAUCCUAUGGCCGCUUCAGAAUGGGCAGGGGAUGCAGCCCAAGAGAAGAACGGCGAACAUCAACAGCAGACGUCGACUUCCAACCGGUCAAAUGAUAGCACUUCCGUUUCGGAGAAAGGACCAGUCCGGAUAGAUCCUGAUGUCGAGCACGGAUUCCCCGUAAUCAACACCACCGACGACGCUGAUGAGGAGAAAACACCUCAAGGGGCAACCGCUGAAGACGACCCCAACAUCGUCGAUUGGGACAGUCCAGAGGAUCCCGAGAAGGCCAUCAACUGGAGCAACAAGAUGAAAUAUGGCAAUGUAGCGGUCAUAUCGAGCGUUACAUUCCUGACGCCUCUUGCCUCGUCCAUGGUCGCACCAGCUGUUCCUUUGGUCAUGAGCGAGUUUAACUCGACCAACGAUACAAUUGCCAGUUUCAUCGUAUCCAUCUACGUGCUCGGAUAUGCUCUUGGUCCUCUUGGGAUAGCACCACUGUCAGAAGUCUACGGGCGGCUACCGGUUUAUCAUGUCUGCAACUUCAUGUUUGUCGUCUGGAGUCUAGGUUGCGCCCUGGCUCCGAAUAUUGGCGCCCUCCUCGUUUUCCGCUUGCUCGCUGGUAUCGCCGGUAGCUGCCCGAUCACCAUUGGCGGUGGUUCGAUUGCGGAUCUCAUCCGUCAAGAGAAGCGAGGUGCCGCGAUGGCAGUCUUCGCCAUGGGCCCUAUUCUCGGUCCCGUCAUCGGCCCAGUUGCGGGCGGCUAUCUAGCAGAGGCCGCGGGCUGGAGGUGGGUGUUUUGGCUGCUCACCAUUGCGGCAGGUGUAGCUUUAUUCUUUUCUGUCCUUCUUUUGAGAGAGACCUACGAGCCAGUUCUGCUUGAGAGACGUACGAAGCGACUCCGAAAGGCGACGGGCAAUCCCAAUCUCCGGUCAAAGCUCGACAAACAAAUCCCAAUGAAGGAAUUCUUUUUGCGCGCCAUUGUUCGUCCGAGCAAGAUGCUACUGUUCUCACCUAUCGUCCUCUCACUGUCGGUUUACAUGGCCGUCGUUUAUGGCUACCUCUACCUCUUGUUCACCACGCUCACGCAGGUGUUCGAGGAAACCUAUCAUUUCAGCCAGGGAGCCGUCGGUCUGGCCUUUUUAGGUAUCGGUAUCGGCUCGCUGUUUGGGUUGGUUAUAUUUGGAGCCCUCUCCGAUCGGACUGUCAAGAAGCUAUCGGCACAGGGAGAAAUGAAACCGGAGUACCGACUGCCUCCACUGAUCCCUGGUAGUCUCGUCAUUCCUAUCGGCUUCUUUUGGUACGGAUGGUCUGCCGACAAGGGCGUUCAUUGGAUUGUUCCAAUCAUUGGCACGCUGUGGGUUGGGUUGGGUCUUUUGGCAACAUUCAUGCCAAUUCAGACAUAUCUCGUAGACGCAUACCAUAUGCACGCCGCUUCCGCACUCGCAGCAAGCACUGUCCUGAGAAGCUUUAUGGGGGCCUUCCUGCCACUGGCAGGGCCUGCCAUGUACAAAGCAUUGGGCCUUGGCUGGGGAAAUUCGCUCCUUGCAUUCAUUGCGUUGGCUAUGUCGCCCGUCAGCUGGAUCCUCUACAAAUACGGCGAGAAGAUCCGUAAGGCUGAGAAGGUCAAGUUCUGAUCGGAUUGAGGAGGAUUCUUCGGGUCAAAGCAUUCUGUCAUUUAGCGCUGCAUGGGGCUCGGCGUCUGGCAUGAGGAACCAGGUCUGGGAAAGCAUAGCAGGAGACAGCCUGCAGUACAUAGAUUUCUGCUCCGUUUGUGUUCACAAAACAAGGUCCCAACUCUGAAGUCUGGUGACCGUUUCUGGUGCC